UUGGCGCGGGUAAAUCGUCUAAAAUGAAGAGAAUUUCUGUUUUUGUUUUUAUUUGUAUAUACUUACAGCAAUAUUAUUGUUUUGAAUAAUUGUACGCUUCCUUAUAUAUACUUAAACCAAUUUGUUUAGUGUCUUAAAUAUUUUACCUCAGUAAGUUACUCAGUAUCUAAUCAUGUCAGGAAUUACAGCAAGAUUACGGAGAGAAAUAUUGACUCUGAAGGAAAACCCACCUUCAGGUAUAUCUUGUUACCCGAAAGAAGAUUCUCAAACCAACGUAUUGACAGCAAGUAUCGUUGGAACUGUUGGAAGUCCGUUUGAAAAAGGAGUGUUUCAGUUGGAAGUUAUUGUGACAGAAAGAUACCCGUUUGAACCACCCCGUGUGAGAUUCGUGACACCCAUCUACCAUCCCAAUGUAGAUGCUGCAGGCAGGAUCUGCCUGGACCUACUCAAGAUGCCACCUGGUGGUUCAUGGAAGCCCAUCUACACCAUUGAAGGUCUCCUUACGGCUAUCCAGUAUCUCAUGACUCAUCCUAACCCUGAUGAUCCGCUCAUGCCAGAAAUUGCCUCCCAGUACAAAUACAACAAGGAACAAUAUGACAAGGACGCUCAGGAAUCAACAAUAAAACAUGCUUGUACAAACUCAGUCACUGCUAGUCUUGAUGUUGCACCUUUACAGAAAUCUAACAAUUUAAACAAGAAGAGGAAGAGUGAAGAAGGUCUCAGUGAAGAAAGUGACAGUAAUAAAAGACAUCAUGUGGACUAGUUUCCAAUAAUUAUUAAAAUAAGAUCAUAAUUAAUUAUUAAAAUAUUCUUCCGUUUUGUGGUUGGUAUUCGUCCAUUUGAUAAAUAAUUUCCUGCCUAUUUAACUAAAGUGGUAUGUGGAAGUCUGAUACAUUAGUUCCAAAUUGAUGUGAUUAUAAAAAUAAGUGCCACUACUGUAUUGAAAUGAUAACAUUACUUUGGGCAGUCUUUGGAAUGAAAAUUUAAUGGAAGAUUUCUCUGUAGUAAUAUAUUAUCUUUAUUAGAGUUGUUUUUAACAGCCUUUGCUGAUUGUGGAAUUUCGAAAAAAAUUAUUUUUACAUUAAUGUUUAAUUUGUAAUUUUAGUUUUAUUGCAAUGCUCAAUAACUAUGAGGUGCUCUGAUUAGACAAUGUGCGAUUAAAAUACUGUUGACAUAUCAUAAAGGCUAUUUAUUAUAUAAUAAUUUUAUUUUUAAUACUAUAAUGAUAUAGCUGUUAACUAAUGCACAGUUCACAAAUAUUAGAUUUGAUUACUAUCAACUCUUUGUGUAUUUCAUAUUCACCAGAUUGCUCAUUUAGUGUAAUGAAGACUGUUUGUCUCCCUCUAUCAUGAUAUAUCAGUGCUGGCUGAGCACAGUGUAAAACCAAUAGAAAUAUACCUACUUUUUAGUCUAUAACUCAGAUGUAAAGCUUUUCAGCGCAGUUUUUAGAUUGUCAGAUUUUCAGGUAGACCAGUUUAAAUCGUACAAGACCACUUAAAUUGAUUUGUAUUGUGUAAAAUGUUGCAUCAUUUAUGGUCAAAAAAUCAUCCAUUGUUUUGUUGCAGCAACAGAAAAUCACUAUUUCUGUUGUUAUGUCACACAACAGUGGCAAGGCAAAUCUUUGUAAUCCUUUUAUUUUUUCCAAUCAUCCAACAUUAGUAAUGAAUUUAUGAAAAGAGAUUCAAUUAAACUGUUUUGAUUAUUGUAAUUUUCAAUGCAAUAAAAGUUUCAUGUUUAGUGUAGUGCAGUCAAAAUAGGGCCUUAUAUUUUAGAAUGUUAUUUAUGUCAUUUCAAAAUUAGUGCAUUUUCUCAAAUUACCCUAUAUAUUGUAAAAUAAUAGUUAUGUAAGAUUUUAAGAAUUCUAUUUUAUUACUUAUUUUAAAAUAAAUGUCUUUUUUAUUAAA